AUGUUUCAAGGUUUUAGUCUGUGUUUCUGCUUGGCAUUACUUUGCCUCGGACGGUGUGUAUGCAGCACGUGUCCGUUUCAAUGUAGCUGUUUCUUUCACACUCUAUCGGACGGAUCCAAAGCAAGGAGUGUCCUUUGCAAUGACCCAGAGAUCACUCUGGUCCCACCCAACUUUCCUGCAGACACCUCAAAACUGCGGAUCGAGAAGACUGCCAUCACAAGGAUCUCCAGCGAAACCUUUCACUACCUCAACAGUCUGGAAUUUCUCUGGAUGUCUUUCAAUUCUCUGAACUCUUUGAAUGUAGACAGCUUCCGUGGCCUGGGAAGUCUGGAUGAGCUGAGACUGGAAGGGAACGCUCUCACCUCGUUCCCCUGGGAAUCUCUCACUGAUAUGCCCGACCUGAGGCUACUGGACCUGCAUAAUAAUAAGAUAUCGUCGAUCCCGGCCGAGGCGACCAUUUAUAUCAAGAACCUGACCUACCUGGACUUAUCUAGCAACAGCCUAGCCACGGUUCCUCCUGAGGUUCUCUUUACGUGGUUAUCUGUGAAAGCAUCUCAAGGAGAUGGGGAAAGUUCCAAAUAUAUUCUAGGUCUCCACGACAACCCGUGGCUGUGCGACUGCCGGCUCUAUGACGUGGUCCAGUUCCAGAAGUCUCCAUCGUCAUCCGUGAUUCUGAUCGACACCAGGCUGCGCUGCGCGGACCCUGAGAGCCUGUCGGGGGUGCUGUUCAGCGAGACGGCGCUCCAGAAGUGCCAGGAGCCCCGUGUCCACACGGCUGUGGCCCGGGUCAGGAGCUCCCUGGGGAACAACGUCCUGCUGCGCUGUGGGACCAUCGGAGUCCCAGUACCAGAGCUGUCCUGGACCCGGGCAGACGGUAAACAGAUGAACGGCACUGUUCAGGAGGAAGUUUCAAAGGAGGGAAUCAUUUGGUCAAUCCUGAGUGUGCGUGCCGUCUCUUACAGGGACUCUGGGAAAUACAUCUGCAAAGCGACCAACUUCGUGGGUACUGCAGAUGCCAUCAUCUCCCUAGUUAUCACAGACUCCUUUAAACAUGAGGAACAAGGUGGCAGCUCCAAAACUAGAAAACAAAGGGUACGGAAAACCGGUGGGUUUGGGAAAGCUGCCUACCAGGAUAAACUUGUUGCAAAAUACAUACCUCCACCAACCACACCCAGCAUUGAACCACUAGGACCGGGCGGUUUUACAGGAAAGUAUGAUAUCGAGAGCUACGAUAUCUCAAACAGCGUGGCUGACGGAGAGAUGCCCGGUCCUCCCAUCACGGAGACGGCGAUGCAGGAAGUGGAGAAGGUGGAGGUCCUUAGCAACCUGGCAGCCAACGCCUCUUCUUUACAGGCGCCGGCACCGCCGGAGAAACGGGUGGUGCGUUCGGUGAAGAUAAUCGGCGACACCGACCACACCGUCUCCCUGAACUGGCGGGCCCCGGCGGCCAAGAACACCACCGAGUUCAGCGUCCUGUACGCCGUGUUCGGCGAGAGGGACAUGCGGAGGAUCAACGUUGCUGCGGGAAAGAACCGUAUCACCAUCGACGGCCUUGUGCCAAGGACAAAGUACAUCGCCUGCGUCUGCGUCAAAGGCCUGAUCCCUAAAAAAGAGCAGUGUGUAAUCUUUUCAACGGACGAGGCGGCCAGCGCAAGCGGCACCCAGAAGCUCAUUAACGUGGUGGUGAUCACCGUGGCCUGCGUGAUCGCUGUCCCCCUGACACUGAUCGUCUGCUGCGGGGCGCUCAAGAAGCGCUGUAAAAAGCUACUGGGGAGGAAAUCCAAAGAUAUCCAAGAAUCAUAUGUGACAUUCGAGACCCUCUCCCCGGGACAGAAGCCUAGGGGGAUGGAGGGGGAGUACCUUGCCAAGCAACAGCCAGACGAGUCCAACAGACUGCUCUCUGCUAGGUCCAGUGUGGACUCCGAGGCCAUUUGUAGGCCUGAGGGACCGCCUAACGAGUACUUUUGUUGAUACUAAAUGAUGGCCUCAAGCCUUUAGAGGACAGAGAAAGUCUGUCCUUUCCAUGCGGAACUUAAAUAUUUGUUCUUAAGGUUUUGUAUGAUUUCAGCCAGUAGUUGACAGUAGCAUGAACAGAAACAAAAGGCUAGUUGCAUUGACACUCUUGCCUUUGGAAAAAAACAUGUGUGGUGAAUAUGUGAGUUAGAUAAAUAAGUGUUGA